AUGGUAAAUUUCGGCGAAAACGGGAGAACCAGGCUGAGCGAAAUGAACGUCCUCCAAAACGAAAUGCAGGAGAUAAACAUAAACGACAGUGGCUCCAAGAACGACUACGACGAUAACACUUACAAUGACGCGAGCACGUGUCACGACAGCAACAUGGUGUGCAACGAGAAUGGCUCCUUCAGAGGAGAAUUUACACCCAUCAGAAACGAUAACAACAAUUCAUUUACCGAGGGAACAGGUCUAACCGAGGAAGAAAGAGAAGAAGAGCCAAGCGGAUGCAAUGACAAGGAGUCAAAAGAAGUGCUCAAUUGUGAUUAUUGCAACAAGCAUGUGUAUGCACAGGUGAAGACGUAUACCCCCACCUUUGUAUACCUCCUCGUAAUCAUUUUGUUUCUCUUGAUCUCUUUCUUCACGAUAUUUUUAAUACCUCUGUUGUAUUUAACUUUUAAGCAAAAAAAAUACACCUGCCCCCUCUGCAAAAAGAACUUAAAAUCAACUGAAAAAUUAAUUCAAGUGAAGAGAGAAAAUCAAAUUUUAACUUUCCAGUUCCCCAAAUGUGCAAUAAUAAUUUCAGCAAAAUAUUUGGUUCUAUUCCUAUCUCUCAUUUUUUUAAUUUUUUUUUUUUACAUCCUAAGAAUUUCAAGCAAUUUUAACUUAGACAAUCUAGCCAAAGGUCCCUACAUAACGGCUAGCUGGAUGGACUACCUGGAAGAUUGUGGACACAAGUCACAACUGAGAAAUAAGUUUAACAGCAUUCACAAUUUUAGCAUCAAAUAUGAUGGGUACACAAUUAUAUGGAGAGGACAGUUUCAUCAAAUAAAGGAAGGUUUCUUUAAUAGCAAUUCUUUGUUCAUUCGAAUGAACCCUUCGGAGUAUCGUUACGACAAGCCUGACAUCAGGGCUCUUUUCACCGACUCCCUAAUUGCACAAGUGGAAAAUUUACAGAAAAAUGACUUAAUUGAGUUUGAGUGCACUCUUAUACAGAUUAGCAAAAAUAGAAACCCACAUCUGUGCAUCUUGUGGAAUGUCACUUUGAUCGAGAAAUUCCAGCAGACCAACUUCAACGUCGUCGAUUUUGUAAAGCACAUGACCAUUCUGGACAUGAUUAACAAUAGCUCUAAUGCGAAUCCAUUUUUCAUGAAUCUGAACAAUAAGAACGGCGAGAUGAAGCGCUCAAUCAAGAUUGUGCACCUCGCGCAGGGCGGGUUAAGCGGGGGGUUAGGCGGCGGGCUGGGCAAUUCCCUCGAAAGUGGCCACCUCGGGGACGGCCUCUCCGACGCGAACUUAUUCGAGACGCCCAACGUGCUGCGCACGACGGACGAGUAUAUUUUCAAUUUGGGGGGCAACCAGAUGAACCCUAGCCUCACCCGGGGCGUGGGGAGCGGCUCUAAUUUUGCCUUUACGCAGGAUGUGAGAUCAAGUGGGAAGUUUAGUCUUCGCGAUUUUGCGACUCGAAUGGGAAGCAGGAAAUCGGGGGUACGCUUCACGGACGACGAAGACGACGAAGAGGAAGAAGAGGUGGAAGAUUAUGACUUCGACAGUGAGGACGAUAAAGACUACGACUUAGACGACAUACAGGCUCUGAACAAUGUUUAUGGUGACCAAGCGGAUGGGAGGUUCGACCCGUUUAAUCGUGUCCAGUUCCGUGCACAAGGCAAAAAGAAUGCAGAAUCCAUCUCAACCUUGCAGAAGUCUAAGUAUGGGAACAGUGCGGCAGGGCUCUUGACCGAGCAGCGCGCAACGGAGUAUGAGCGGGACACCCACGAGGAAGGAUCAGCAGCCGGGGGGGCGCCAGGCGAGGGAACAACUAACAGUGAAGCCCCUAUGGACAAAGCAGCGAACGACGGAUCCAUCAAAAGUGGAGCCCAAGAGAAGGAAACCACCAAAAGCGAAGGCAGCGAAAAAAUCACGCAAAAGGACCCUAAUGUAGAUGGCUCUAAGGAAACCUCCCGCGAGUGA